AUGUCAGUCAAUAUGAAGGAAAUUCAAGUGGUACAAAACCCAAAAUCUUGUCCCCUUUUCAAAUCUUAUUUGAUAUUUUACUUUCUUACCCUUUACCUCAUUUCACUUGGCAUGUGUUUGGCUGAUGAAACUGCUGUUUUGCUACUGUAUGCUUUGGUUCAUGGGAAUUCAGACUUUUUGGAAUAUGUGUUGGUGCGGACUGAUAUCGAUACAUUGUUAAUGCCUCUGUUGGAGACACUCUAUGAUGCUUCAAGGAGAACAUCAAAUCAAAUGUACAUGGUUAUUGUUAAUGCUUUCCCAAUCCUUCUUAGAGGUUCAGAAGAGCAAUUCUGCACUCUAUUCUUAAUGCAGAAAGAAAAACUUAAUAUAGAAGGCCAAGCUUGCUGUUUCUACAAUCAGUGGAUUGAUGGGUUACUUAUGAGCAGUCCAGUCUCUCAGAUUUAUGCAUGGUUGCAAAUUGAGAUGCAAAGUUACCUUGAGCUCUGGACAAAUGAAAAGGCCAUGAGAUUUUCACAUCCUUGCAAAGGAAUAUUGCUUUUUGGGCCUCCUAGGAAAACACUUGUUGCCAAAGCACUUGCAAAUGAAGUAGGAGCUAACUUCAUCAGCAUAACUAGUUCCACACUUACAUCUAAGGUUGCAAGGCUUAAAGUUGCCAUGAAGAUUGUCAAAGGAGAAAUUACUCACGGUGCAAUGAAUUAUCUUUCUUAUUUAUUGUAUUUUAUUUUGUAUUAUUAG